AUGUGGGCAUCAGCUCAUCAAAAAAAUUUGGAUGUCGGCGCUAAUAUAUUCAUCGGAAAUCUUGAUCCUGAAGUUGAUGAGAAGUUACUGUAUGACACAUUUAGUGCAUUUGGUGUCAUUUUACAGACUCCUAAGAUAAUGAGAGAUCCUGAAACAGGAAAUUCAAAGGGGUAUGCCUUCAUCAAUUUUGCUAGUUUUGAAGCCUCAGAUGCUGCUAUAGAAGCAAUGAACGGGCAGUAUCUAUGUAAUAGACCUAUUACAAUAUCUUACGCAUUCAAAAAAGAUUCAAAAGGAGAAAGACAUGGUUCAGCAGCAGAACGUCUUCUAGCUGCUCAGAAUCCACUUUCUCAUGCAGAUAGACCUCAUCAAUUGUUUGCCGAUGCACCUCCACCACCGUGUGCACCAGUGGUAGCACCAAUGGCUGCACCACCACCGCCGCCACCACCAAUGGUUGGACUUCCUCCUCCGCCAAUGACAGUGGUUACAUCUGGUUCAAUGCAGAUGCCACCACCUCCAUUACAUGGUGCCCUGCAACCUAGUUCUGUGGCUCCACCAAUAAGACCACCUUCAUCAGGACCAUUACCAUUUCCACCUGGACAUCCUCCACCUCCACCUCCUCCUCCACCACCACCACCAUCAGGUGGUAUACCACCUCCACCGCCAGUACCUCCACCCGUGUCGAGUUAUGCAGGCAUGCCUCCACCUCCACCACCACCAACCGUUCCUCCUCCUCCACCACCUCCACCCAGUACUAGUUCUUCUCAGAUACCAGUACCUUCCAGUAAUGAACCCGGACCUGGUGAGAUGAUGCAACAAAGACAGGUAUCACCCGCUAUGCCACCACAACCUAUGGGAAUGCCGCCACCACCGCCCCCACCACCAUUCCAGGGAGGAGGUAUGCCUCCUCCGCCACCACCCGGAAUGCGACCACCCCCACAAAUGAGCAUGAACUUUGGACCCAGACCGCCACCUUUUGGUCCGGUGCCAAAUCGACCCAUGUUUCCUGGCCGUGGACUUCCGCCGCCACCGCCUCGCCCCAUGAGACCGCCGGGUCCUCCCCAGUAUGCCUAGACCUCUGCCAUAGAUGCACACGACAUUUUACAAUACAUGUCAUGUAUCUCAUUACAUUUUUAUAAUUUAAUAGAAAUAAAACUAUUUUUUUUUGUGUGUUAUUUGUGAAAUGUUAGUUGAAAUUAG